AUGUCUGACUGCGACGAAUUUGACCACAAAUGUUUUCUGCAACGCUCCAGAGAUGGUCUUUACGACCGCAUCGCAGACGCCAUGGAUGAACUCGGAAAAGAUGCCUUUGCUGAGGCAGAUUUCGGAGAUGACUGGGUACAGGCCAUUAAGGACGACAGGAGUGGCAGCAAUUGGUCUUACGUUAACAAGAAUGACGGUCGUCCAUUCCUAACCAACAUUGUCGGUGAAAUCACCUCAUCAUCCUUCGGCACAAAGCACAGCGCAAAAGGAACGCACUUCAGUAAAAAUAACAAACCGAUGGAAGACGGAGAUACGGUAAAAUGGAAGUGGGGCCUAAAGAAACCUACCCAAUGUGGAAUCAAACUCGGAGACAUCUUUGAAAAUCAACUGACCUCAGUGGAAGACUGGCACAUCGCAGAAAAGAAAAACAUUCCAGCCGGGGCUAAAAUCAACGAAUGCACCAUCAAAGGUAAACCCGACCUCCAAUAUCCCGACAUCAUCAUCAUCACCACUGCACAACGCAUCUACGAUCAAACGAUAAUACACAAACGAUCCCACGACGCACCAAGCGCAAAGCGCAAAGCAGCCGACGAUAGCACUAGCACUGCUCAACCAUCGACUUCAGCUUCCACCUCUACCAUGCCAAACAUAAUGCAAAACCUACCGCCUACUACAGUCUGCGAAGGAGCAUUCUAUGAUCCUCAAAUGCUACCUGAUCACCGAGGAGACUACUUCAGACUCAAAGAAUACAAACUUCAGCAACUCAAUGUGUUUGACACGCCCGAAAACGACCACAAACUCAUUCCAACGUACGAAACUUAUGACAAGCUUCGACCUGGCACGUUGAUUCUCGCGGUUUGCGAAGCACAUGUGUUCAACAUGAUGCAAGGUGGAACGAUGACCAGCACAUUCCAACUCAGCGUGCGCGCUAUCAGAAUCCUUGCUCAUUCAGAUGUCGCUAUCGAAAACCGUCCGAUUCCCAUCCUACAUAACCCUUCUACUUCUCUAUCACGAAACGAUCCGACCGUGGCUGCAUUCUCCGCGUUCAAUAUGGGGGCCAGUCCUUCAAAGAAGACUAAAACUAAGCAAAAAAAAGAUUAGCGUUCCAGUCUCCUAAUUCCGUAUUCGAGUCUCCUUGAUUCAACUCUCCUAGUUCCUUAUUGAGUCUCUUUGUUCCACGUACAAGUUGCCUUGUGCCGUGUUCGAGUUUCCUCUACUUUGCUACAUAUUACUUUUGUAUUAUAUGUACGAUGCGCGUAUCAUUUGCUUUUAAUCGAGACAAGUUGAAUCUAACCUG